GGAAUUCUUUCUUACCUCACAACGGAACCGAUUAACUGAAAACAAUGGCGGUGGCCGGAGCUGUGACAGUGACCUUUUCCGGCGGUCGUUUGCUGUCCCUCCCACGGGGAUUAGCAUCAAUCAAGUCCUCAUUUCUGUCAACUUUGUCAUCCUCGAACACGGGCUUCUAUCCUCUGCGGCCAAUUAUCAGUGCACCCGCGAGAAAGCUGGUGGUGCGGGCUGCAAGAACAGAGUCCGAAGGCGUCUCCCUUGGUUUCAGAGCUCCCAACUUCGAGUUGCCGGAGCCUCUAACUGGGAAAUUGUGGAAGUUAGAUGAUUUUGAAUCACACCCUGCUUUAUUGGUGAUGUUUAUUUGCAAUCACUGCCCGUUUGUUAAGCACUUAAAGAAGGAUAUAGUGAAACUUUCAAAUUUCUAUAUGAAGAAAGGUCUUGCAGUUGUUGCAAUAUCUUCAAAUUCUGUAGCAACUCACCCACAGGAUGGACCACAAUUUAUGGCAGAAGAAGCUAAACUAUAUAAAUAUCCUUUUCCUUAUCUGUAUGAUGAGACUCAAGAUGUUGCAAGAGAUUUCAGAGCAGUUUGCACACCAGAGUUUUUUCUAUUUAAAAAGGAUGGUCGGAGGCCAUUUGAGCUGGUAUACCAUGGCCAAUUUGAUGAUUCCCGGCCAAGUAAUAAUGUUCCUGUCACUGGAAGGGACUUAGUCUUGGCAAUCGAUUGUGUUCUCAGUGGCCAACCAAUAUCAUCAAUUCAAAAACCCAGGUGCCUCCUUCUUCAGAUCCUUAUUGCUCUUCUUUCUUAUUCUCUACCACCUCUUCAGAGACUGUGUCUCCAAUGAUUACCUGCUGAAAACUCAUAAAUUUCCAUUUUAUGAAAGUGUUGGAUGCAGCAUCAAGUGGCACCCAAAUGCAAAUUUCUAAUCUGCAACGAUUUAGUUCACUGUCUCAAGAUCAUAUAAUCCUUUUUGUGAUAGUUCAUAUCAUUUGAAUGUAACUUUAUAGUUAUCUCAAGUUUCAAAUCGUCCUACUACCUUCAAGUGGUAUGGGUUCCUUACUUUGGAUUUCUGGAAGUGCAGUAAUUAAGGGAUGAAUAAAUGUAACUGUAAGACCCUUUUAGUUGUGCAUAUCAGUCAAUUGUUUUAAAUGCAGCACUAUACUGCUAUUCGUGUAUGGAUGAAAGGUGUUUAGAAAAGCAAGCUUGUCAUUAUUCCCCAUGCUUAUGGUCAUUAGCACUUCAACAACACAUGACCAGUAAAUUACUUGGCUUCUCUUGUCCGUUAGAAUUGGUGAUGUAUGCUACUGAAAUGUGUUGAAAUAUAACAUUGGUGAUGAUGACCUUGAAAGUAACUAAUGAGAAUUCUGUGUACAAGCAAGGCCAAGUAUAGAGUCUAGGUUCAAGGAUCAGCUGGUAUACUUUUCUCAUUGAAAUUUUGAAUAAUGUAUAUAUUAAUGCCCUUGUAUGUCCCUAAGAUAAAGUAAAUUUUGUCUU